CUCACAUAGCACAACACAGACCUUCUAAAAAACUUAUUAUCAAAAUGUUCAAGUUGGUGGUGUUGUCUGCUCUCCUUGCCGUAGCUGCUUCUGCUCCAGGUUUCAUCGAAUCUCAUCCAGUAGUGUACUCGGCGCCCGCCAUUGCCGUACACGAACCCGUUCUGACCAAAGUGGGUGCUGUGGUGAAAAGCAUUCCCACCUCCAUCUCCCACCAAAGCCAAUCGGUUGUGCACAGCUCGGCGCACUACGUUGAACCAAUUGUUGCACCAGUUAUCAAGACCAGCUAUGUAGCUGCUGCUCCAGUUGUGCAUACCUACACUGCACCCAUUGUGAAGACCAUCGCUGCACCAAUGGUUCUGAAGGCGUGGUAAAUUUCCACUAUACGAGUAUUACAGUGUAGACGAGUAUUGAAUGAAAUCUUGGAUAUGUUGCUGGAUGUGAAAUGUUUUUUUUUUUUGUUUUGCCUUGAAAAUAUCAAAAAUGUACCUCAUUUCUUAAGACUAUAAAAUAGAAAAUUAAAUUAAUAGUUAAAAAACAUUAAAAAAGGAAUUAAAAUAAUAUUCUUAGCAAUGUUUACAAAAUACAAAUUAAGGAAUUGGUACCAUUAAAUCCUCGGCUCUCUAAGGCAAAAAUAUAAGGAUCCCAGUGG